AUGGAUGACUCCUGGGUACAUGGUGGCGUCGAGGGCAGCUGCCAAACCGCGAAGCGCGGGGACGAGUGCUACGUGGCCGUCAGCUGGGCCAUGACAGAUGGCAUCUACGAUCACCCGGAGUGGUGGCCGGAGCUGCAGCCUGGGGCCUCGAGCUUCGAGGAGUUCCAGCAGCACCAGCACCUGAUGAACAGCACGCUCUGCCCCGAGCCCUGCAUGGUGAGGUAUCCCGAGUACUCCGUGCCCACCUUUCGCUCGGACCACUCCCGCGUCAUGAAGGGGGUCUCCUACGGAGCGUCGCCUCUCAAGACCACCGGGGUGCUGCUGACAGAUGACGACUUCAUGACCGAUAUCACAGGUGCCAUGUGGGACAGCUGGGGUCGUGGCGACCUCGACUUGCUGAAGAGCAUGGGGGUGAACACGCUGCGGAUGUAUGGCAACGACCUGAACUACAGCCACCGCAGCUUUUUGGACGGCGCCCUGAAGCGCGACAUGGACAUCAUCGUGGGCCUAUCGGACUGGGGCUUCAUCCAGGGCCCAGAUCCCUGCGAGAAGAAGGGCUACCUUUGCUUCGACCAGGUGUACGAGGCCUACAAGGGCAACCUCCUGAAGGGUUUCGCCAUCAAGAACUACACCAUGUACCACCCGGCGCUGAAGGCGCUGAUCAUCAGCAACGAGCCGGACCUCAAGGUGCAUCCACGCACGGACGUGUGCCGUGCCAUGAUCAGCAGCCUGGACGCCAUCCUUCAGGCCGAGAAGGAUUUGAAUGUCACCGGGAAUCCCAUCGCCUUGACCGUGACCUUCUCCUUCGCUUCCUUCGGUAAGGAUCCACCUGGGCUUGGGCAGAUGGAGGAGCUCUACGGUUGCCUGCAGAACCCUGAAGCAGCUCCAACGAACUACACGCCGAAGAACGACGUGCUGAGUGCCUUCAAGCAGCGCUGGGUUCACAGCUUCAACACCGCUGCGCCCGGGCACGUGGUGGAGGAGCUGUUCCUGGAUAAGUACCACAAGAGCAGCUUCUGGUCGGAGGAGAUGAAGAUUCCUUUGUUCAUUGGCGAGUACCACAGCGUGCACGUGGGUGCCAAGGACGACUUGCCGAUUUUGGUGGGGGACGCGCUGUCGCCAAAGUACCCGUUCUUCCGUGGCUACAAUUUCUUCGAGUUCUCCGUGCGCUACGAUAAGGGCGGCAGCGAGGAGGCGUUUGGGAUGUUCGGCUAUGGAGAUUGCCCGCUGCUGGACAUGAACUACAGUGGGCAGGUCUACACCGUGUGGAAUCUGGUCCCUUCCCCAGACAAGUACGGGUACCCGCUGUCCGUGGCCUUGAGCAAUGCCUACGGCAAGGGCAAGAAGCUUCCCAAGCUGCGGAACUCGCCCUGCCUGGAGGAGACUUUGGGGGUGCGCUGA